AUGUAUCGUUGCCAGUCCGCCUGGAAGCUCUUAGAGCUAAAUGACCGCUACCGUAUCUUCCACCAGUUCCACCCGUCCACAGUAGUCGAUUUGGCCGCGGCCCCGGGCGGAUUCGCACAGGCGGCGUUGGAACUGAUGCACAUCCAGGAGACUGCACGGCCGUCAUCACUGCCUCCAAUGGUCAUUGCAGUGGAUCAGCGACCCAUCGAUCCUAUGCCGGGCCUUCUCGCGGUUCGAGGCAACAUCCUCCAGCACCAGCGAAUCCUGCAAGCAGUGCAGGGCGUCUUUUCUCAUAUGAGGGCGCCAACGGCGUCGCCAUCGCGCUUGUCGUCCUCUACGCAAACCGUACCUCUGGCGAGGUCUGUGGACAUGGUCCUUCACGACGGUGUUUCUGUCGUGAAGGGUCAACGCGCCUUCUCCGUCACGUACGCGCAGAACCAAAUGGCGCUGAGCGCGCUUUUACUGGCCGGCAAACUCUUCCGGCGCUUUGGUCCCAUGCCUGACCUGCCCGCCGAGGCGGAGAAGCAUCCGUCAAACAAACGUGAUGAGCGCAUCAGUCACAGGACGUCUGCACCGCGCUCGUCGCCUGCCGUGCUUCCCGUGUGCUUCGUCUCCAAAGUGCUUCACUGCCAUCACUUUGGCCAAGUUCUCAGAGCCACUCGAGCGCUGUUCCGCCACGUCAAAACAUCCAAGCUGCUCGCCUCCCGUUCAGAGAGCCUUGAAAGGUAUGUAGUAGCUACCGACUUUCAACUAGCAGCAUGGCAACGGCUGACCACAGCGCACGUGCCUACAUGGCCGCAAAAUCUACAACGGCAUCGAGAACAGAGCCGCUCAACUGCGUCAGCAUCUUUGUUUAGCAUGCCCCCAGCUCCAGAGGAUUGCGGUGAUGUCCACCACAUCGUUUGGAAUUGUCUUGGGUGUGGGCGAACAUGCACUGGAUGCCAGCCGUGUAUGCAGUGUGGCCCCUACCAGCCAGUGGUGGAUGCAAGAUUAUGA